ACGCAUCCCUCAAGGCGGCGUCUCACUAGCUGGUUACGAUGAAAUAUAAAACCUAUUUGAUCUUUACGCGUUAAUUCGUUUCAAAUUCAAAAAUCUUUCCAAAAAAGUGUAUCGCGCAUAAUUGUUAAGUUUUAGAAUUAUUGUGUGUGUUCAAACUAGUGCUUAGUGAUAAAACUUUGUGAUUCAUUUGAACAUUGCAAAAGUUGAGUGUCAAAACAAUUGAGAUUGUUUUCGGAGCAGGUUUUUUAAAUGGAAAUGCCUCCUCGAAGGUUGUGAGGCUGAGGAAUGGCACGUGUGGCAUCGGCAUGCCUCUUUACGGUGAAUUUUCUGUCAUACAUAAUCGUGUGCCACCAAGAUAGCAGUAGCAACCGAUCACGCGAACAAAAUUCCGUAUCGGAGUCUUCCCGAAGAUUCAGAACGGAGUUCUUAGAAGACUGGCCACAAACACCGGGAUCUCCAUACUUUGACCCCAGCACUCCAGACAAUGUGACCGGUCUAGUUGGACACCCGGUUACACUUCUAUGCAAAGUGAAGAACCUUCAAAAUCGUACUGUAUCAUGGGUGCGUCACCGCGAUAUCCACCUGCUAACGGUGGGCCGCUACACGUACACAUCGGACCAGCGCUUUGAGGCGCAGCACAAACAGCGCUCCGAGGAAUGGGCGCUUCGUAUCCGCAGCCCACAACGUCGCGACUCCGGCCAGUACGAGUGUCAAAUUUCUACCACCCCACCUAUUGGGCACGCCGUCUACCUCAGUAUUGUUGAACCAGAAACCGAAAUAAUGGGCGGUUCUGACUUAUUCAUCUACGCGGGAUCAACUAUAAACCUCACGUGUAUCGUAAGGCAUACUCCCGAACCGCCUAACGCCAUUAACUGGAGCCAUAGAGGAAAGACUAUAAAUUUCGAUUCAACUCGUGGAGGAAUAUCAUUGGUGACUGAAAAAGGGAUCCAUAGCAGCAGUAGGCUAUUGGUGCAGGCUGCGCGCACUUCAGAUGCAGGUGCAUACGAAUGUGUACCGGAUAAUGCGCAGUCAGCUUCCGUGAGGGUACAUGUUCUAACUGGUGAAUCACCCGCAGCAAUGCAAGGAAAAGCUCAUUCAUUCAGACUGUCAUCAAUCUUACAUUUAAUUGGUGCAUUGCAUUUUGUCAAAUGGUGUAUAUCAGUAUUAGUGAUAAGUAAUUAAUUGUAAAAACGUUAAUAAAUUUUACAUAUUACGUCAUAUUGUAAAGUAUGUUCUGUAAAUAAUUAAAACCCUGUACUUAUGUGAUAUUGUGACUGUAAUGUCUAAAUAUAUAAUACGUUAAUGCGUUAUUAGUUUAUAUAAAAAUACAAAAUAAAUAUUAUCUAAAGAGUAUAUAAAUGGAAAACACAUUCUAGCGCAGAUUAAUAAAAUAAUAUUAGUAAUAUAUAACAUUUUGUUAAAAAUCAUGCAUUUUUUCGUUAGUAAUGUAUUUGGUGCUAAUUCUGAAGAAACUAUUUAAACUUAUUCAUGCAGGGGGAAGCAUCUGGAAGCAAUUGGCUAGAGGAAGUGUCCGCGCAGGUGUUAAGCAAGCCUGUGUGUGUUACAUACAAAUAGCAUUACAUUACAUGAGAUUGAAGACCAAUUCCUUCAACUAAUCAUUUAAGUGGCAGGUAAAAGGCCGAUCAACUUGACCCUAGCCCUACUCACAUUUUGGAUAAAGAAUCUUUGACAUUGGUUUGUUCAAAGCACUAAGUCAUUGCUCAGAAGACACGGAAUUGGCACCAAAUUUCAAGAUGUUUAUUAACGAAAUACGCAAAAUUAUUUUAACACCUUUUGUACCGAUAAUGCAGUCACAAAUUUUGUAUAAUGAUGUAAGACAUCGAAAUUAGUAUCUGUGCUAAUGCAUGGAUUAUAUCCUUCUCAGGGUAUUAUAAUUUUAUAUAAUUUGAUUC